AUGAUAGAGAAUAACCCGGAAGGAAGUUAUGCAAGUAGAUUUAAGAAGUGGUCUAGAGAGAAAUCUGUAAAGAAUCAAAAAAUAAGAGUAGCAAAGAAUGAGAAUCUUAAAGGAUGCGAUAAAUAUAGCCGAGGAAAAUUUUUAGACCCAGGGGUUAUAGUAGGAGUGGGUCUAAAGGAUUCAUAUAUUGUCGGGUUAGAUAAUGGAAGAUACGUGAAGAAAAGAUACUAUUAUUUAAAGGGAUUGGGUACGAAAGAACUGUUGAGAGCAGGAGACUAA